AUGUCCCCCCCGGCCUCGGCGGCCGCCGCCAGCGAGGGAGGCAGCAGCACGCCGGUGCCUCCGGAGGAGGAGGCGGAGGGGGCCAGAGAGGAGCAGCGGCCAGUGAAGCAGUCUCUCAGCAAGUCCCUGUGCCGAGAGUCCCACUGGAAAUGCCUGCUGCUGUCCCUGCUCAUGUAUGGCUGCAUGGGAGCCAUGACCUGGUGCCACGUCACCAAGGUGACCCGGCUGACCUUUGACAGCGCUUACAAGGGCAAGUCCAUGAUGUACCAUGACAGCCCCUGUUCCAACGGCUACGUCUACAUCCCCUUGGCUUUCCUGGUGAUGCUCUACGUGGUGUACCUGGUGGAGUGCUGGCACUGCUACACGCGCAACGAGCUGCAGUACAAAGUGGACGUGGAGAGCGUGCACGAGCGUGUGCAGCGGAUGCAGCAGGCGACCCCCUGCAUCUGGUGGAAGGCCAUCAGCUACCACUACGUCCGCAGGACCCGGCAGGUCACCCGCUACCGCAACGGGGACGCCUACACCACCACCCAGGUGUACCACGAGCGGGUCAACACCCACGUGGCAGAGGCCGAGUUUGAUUAUUCCAACUGCGGAGUUAAGGACAUCUCCAAGGACCUCAUUGACCUGGAGAGCUACCCGGCCACACGGCUCCGCUUCACCAAGUGUUUCAGCUUUGCCAAUGUGGAGUCCGAGAACUCCUAUUUGACCCAGCGGGCCCGCUUCUUCACAGAGAAUGAGGGCCUAGACGACUACAUGGAGGCCAGGGAGGGGAUGCACCUCAAAAAUGUGGACUUCAAAGAAUACAUGGUGGCCUUUUCUGACCCAGACAACCUGCCUUGGUACGUAUCUCACUACGUGUUCUGGGUGGCAGCUCUGCUGACCCUAUCCUGGCCCCUGCGGGUGCUAAAUGAGUACCGCACCUCCUAUGUCCAUUACCACGUGGAAAAACUCUUUGGGUUCGACUACGUGGCAGUGACACCGGCUGAGGAGCGCUCCUUCUGCCGGAGGAUGCCCCGUGUCAACACGGUGGACAGCACCGAGCUGGAGUGGCACAUACGAUCCAACCAGCAGUUGGUGCCCAGCUACUCGGAAGCAGUCCUGAUGGACUUGGUGGGGCUCUCCAACUGCACCAGCUACUCCGCUUGCCGCUACGGGGGCUACCGGCAGAACUGUGAGCGGUGCCACAGGACUAUAAGCAGCUCCUCCAUCUUCUCCCGCAGUGCUCUGAGCAUCUGCAAUGGCAGUCCCAGGAUUCCCUUCAGCAGCAGCCGCUUCUCCCUGGGCCGCUUGUAUGGCUCGCGACGCAGCUGCCUCUGGCAGAGCCGGAGUGGCAGCCUGAACGAGCAGAGCUGCCCCACUGAGCAGACACGCCUCUCCAGCCAGGUGACUGUGGAGGAGGAAGACCCCCCUCCUUACCAGGAUGCCCUCUACUUCCCCGUCCUCAUUGUACACCGCAAUGAAGGCUGCCUGAACCACGACCACCGUCACCUCCAUCGCAAUGGGUCCUGCGUGGAGACCUCACUGUGAAGGCAGAAGGCGGUGAGAUCUCAUUGUCCAUUGCCUGGCCCAAGCCAGGCAGGACUUGGGGAGAGGAGCACAAGGGUGAUAGCCUAGGAGGACAUCAGGAUGGAGUGGACAUGGCAUCCUGCUCUGGCAGCCAGCAAAAGCUUCCCCCCAUGUGGCUCUGACCUCCCAGAGGGGUGGAUGUUGAUGCUGCCCCUGACAUGGCACAGAACUCUAGACUGAUCACCACACGCAAAAAAAAAAAAAAUUCAACCAAACCAACUGCAAAACCGUAAUUCAUGGUAUCAAGACCCAAAGGGGGGAAUUAAAUGACAGGUCUGAUGCAGGGAGGAGGUGACUGGCUCCAGGCUGGCUCAUGCUCCAAGGAUCAAGCAGCCACCAAAAAGCACCCUGCUGCACCUCUGCCCACCCUG